AUGAGGUCUUCUUGCCUGCUGUUGGCGGGGCUGUUGGGGCGCAUCACCCGCCUCGUCGCCGCAGGCGAGAAUGCUUCCUUGCGCGGCGGCAGCGUUAGUGGCGACGACGUGCUUCGCGGCCAAGACGGCCAUAGAUUGCCGGCAGAAAUAUCGGACGUGACCUGGAAUGCCCGAGAGCUAGUGGAGAGCGAACCCUCCUCUCCAGAAGGAAUCCUAAUAUUGGCGCAGGGGAGGUCCGGCUCGACGAUGCUGGGGGAAUUAUUCCGCCACAACGAGGACCUGCUGUACUUCUACGAGCCGUGCAGGCAAAGAGGGCAGGGGGUUUUGGGAGGCCUCCAUGAAACCUCAAGCGUAGGCGGGCCGGAAUGUUUCGCUCUCAUUCGAAGGCUCCUCCGGUGCGAGUUCACCCUGCAAGACACGGACGGGAUUUCGGCAGACCGGGCGGCCGCGGAAGCCUCCUCGCCGGUGGUCGAGGAGCCGACGAGGGCGACGGCUGUAGUUGUCAAGAGCAUUCGCCUGCACGACGGAUUGGACGGCCCCGAGUACGAUACAUCGGGCCUGCACGUUCUUCAGCUGGUCCGGGACCCCCGCGGCGUCGUCAACUCUCAGAUGGGUUUAUGGAACAAUCCGAGUAAGACCGGGGGAAACGGCGGCGACGUUGAUCCGGCACAAGCGGCGAGGAAAUCCGGGCGAACCCUGGGAGCAGUCGUCUGCAAAAGUUACCGGAAGCAGCUGGACUCCUUUCAACAGCUAGGACCAGAAAGCAGCAAGUAUCUCCGUCUCCGGUACGAAGACUUCACCACGCUCCCGAAGGUCGUCGCGGAGCUCGUGUACUGCCGGUUCGGCCUCGGGGAGGUUCCCGCCACCGUAACGGGCUGGAUAAACUACAACACCAGGAUGCCCGCCUGCAAGGAAAGCGAUAACCCAACACGCCGCUUGGCCGCCCUGAACUCGAUCGUGCUGGGAGCAAUCGACGACGAGACUCCUGGGGAAGAAGGCCUCGGGUGGCUCGACGCGAGACGGCGGCUGGAAACGGCGGUUCGAGUGGACGCCCACGUGAAAACCAGGGAAGGCGUUGGUCAGGGUGAGCAAAGCGGGGAGAAGUGCAACGAAAACAACCAGCAGGCGGCUAAGAACCCGUACGGUACGCGCAGGCACUCCUCGGCCAUGGCGGACCUGUGGCGGAGCCAAAUGCCCGAGGAUAUGGUGGAGAUCGUGUGGGACGCUUGUCAGGAUUCCGGCGUCAUGCCCGAAAUGGACUACCUCAUCUAG